AUGGCUUCCUCAUGCCACAAUGCUCCACAGAUCCAGGAGAUGAGCGGCUGCGAUGAGGAGAAGCCGGUCAUAGAGCUGGAAGCCACCAUCACGCCCCAGUGUGGAGAGCUUCAAGAGCCCAAUCACGGUGUCGUGCAGAAGAACUUCAGUCUUAUAUCGCUUGCGGGUAUAGGCGUCGCCGUAGGCAACGUUUGGCCCGCGCUCGGCGGCUCUCUCCUGACCUCCAUCUACAACGGCGGUGCGCCCGGCGUCAUAUACGAGUUCAUAGCAGCGUCUCUCUGUUACUUCACCGUGGCGGCGGUUAUUGCCGAGCUGUCCUCUGCGUUGCCUUCAUCGUCUGGCGUCCAUUUGUGGGCGACGGUUACGUCGGGCCCCAGACACGGGAAGGUCGUUGGAUACUUUGCUGGCUGGUGGAACUGUCUGGCUUGGAUCUUCGCAGUUGCCUCUGUGACCUGCAUCGCGAGCAAUCUGUGUGUACAGACCUUCGCGUUUUGGCAUCCCAGUUUUAUCGCAAAGAAGUGGCACACAUUCGUAUGCUACAUCAUACUGAGCUGGCUAUCCUGCGUCAUCGUUUGCUUUGGCAACUCCAUGAUCCCUCGACUCAACAUAGUCGGGUUGGUCGUCAUAGUCGUCGGAGCCAUCACCACCAUCGUUGUGUGCAUUGCCAUGGUGAAUACCGAAGGCCGUAGUUCUGCCUCAAGCCACGAUGUUUGGGGAGCUUGGGAAGCGGACAUAGGCUACCCGAAUGGAUUCGUUUUCACUAUCGGCAUGUUGAACGGAGCCUUCGCCAUGGGGACGCCUGACGCCGCCGUCCAUCUCGCAGAGGAGAUCCCUCGCCCAAGCAUCAAUGUGCCCAAGGCGAUCGCGACACAAUACAUACUCGGCUUCGUAUCCGCGUUGGCCUACUUGAUCACCAUGCUCUACUGCAUCACCGAUUACGAAGCGCUGUACAAAGCGGAGCUGCCCAUCGCCGAGGUCUACUCCCAGGCCACGGGCCACUCUGCAAUUGCCACAACAGCCCUGUUGGCGCUGAUUUUGGCCCCAACGCUGCUCUGUACCCUUGGGCUGUAUGUGACCUGCGGCCGGACACUCUGGACCCUGGCUCGUGUGGGGGCGACACCAUUUCCGAACGUCCUUGGCCGCAUCAGUCCCACGCAGCACAUGCCAGUGACCGCCACAUUUGUCACGACAGUUCUUGUGAGCCUCCUCGGACUCAUCUACUUGGCCAAUAGCACCGCCUUCAACGGCUUUGUGGCAAGCUUCAUACUCUUCUCCAGCGCCUCGUACAUUGCCGCGCUACUACCUUACCUCUGGACACGCUCUCGAUCUUCAUUCGAGCCCGGGGAGUUCUACAUGACUGGAUAUUUGGGAUACGUUGUGAAUAUCUGGGCGUGUGGGUAUCUCAUUACCUGGUUUGUGGUGUAUUGUUUUCCAUACGCGCUCCCGACGAAUGCAGAGAAUAUGAACUACUCAUCCCUGAUCUGGGGCACUUUUACCAUUGCAGUGGGUGCCUUGUGGUACUUUGGAGUAAGGAAGACUUAUGUGCUUCCCAUGAGUCUUAGCCAUGACGAAGCGUAG